AUGCGCUCGCUGAACGAGUCAGCGUGCGCGGCGCUGCUGGAGGACGUGCGCUGGGACGAGCCCGCCAGUCUCGUGAGCCUGGCCGUGCUGGCCCUCAUUGAUGUACUGGUCAUCGCCGGUAACUGCCUGGUGAUAGCUGCCGUGCUCUGCUCAUCCAAGCUGCGUAGUGUCACCAACCUGUUCAUCGUGUCACUGGCAGUGGCAGACCUGCUGGUCGGCGUCGCUGUCCUUCCGUUUUCUGCCACAAGAGAAGUUUUUGAGAUAUGGAUAUUCGGAGACGUGUGGUGCUCCGUGUGGUUAGCAGUGGACGUUUGGAUGUGCACAGCCUCGAUCCUGAACCUGUGCGCCAUCUCAUUAGACCGCUACGUGGCUGUCACCAGGCCCGUCAGCUACCCUAGCAUUAUGAGCAGGAAGAGGGCGAAAGCGCUGAUCGCUGGACUCUGGGUCUUGUCUUUUGUGAUUUGUUUCCCUCCGCUGGUCGGCUGGAAGGAUAAAAAGCCCGACGAAGCUGAAACAAAAGACGGCUGGACUCCAAAUCCACCGUGCCCCUGGACUUGCGAGCUGACCAACGAUGCUGGAUACGUGGUAUAUUCAGCUCUUGGCUCCUUCUACAUCCCCAUGUUCGUGAUGCUCUUCUUCUACUGGAGGAUCUACAAGGCAGCUGUGAGAACUACUAAGGCUAUCAACCAGGGCUUCAGAACUACGAAAGGAAAAGGCAUGGGAAAUCGUUUCGAUGAUAACCGGUUAACGCUACGAAUACACCGGGGCCGGGGAUCAGCUAGGCCCCACGGAUCACCGCUGUCGACAGCAUCCAAUCACUCAACUAGUACUUCGCUCAGCGCGUCUCCCGAGAGACUGAGAAGGCACUCAAGCGCUCGUCGUGCUCACGAAAAGGUGAAAAUAUCCGUCUCGUAUCCAUCGUCCGAGCAGAUCUGUCCGGCCAUAGAGAAUUCUAGAUCGCCGAGCCGCUCGCCGAGCCCCUCCCUCUACGCUGUACAUUAUGAAAGAGACGGAAGAGAGCUGACUGAAAGCAGGUUGAGGGUCCGACCACCGCACCACUUGGCUCCGACGCCGCUGUACGACGAUUAUGACGACAAGCCGAGGACGACCAGGCGGAUGGGCAAGCGGAAUAUAAAAGCGCAGGUGAAGCGCUUCAGGAUGGAGACCAAGGCAGCCAAGACCCUCGGCAUCAUAGUCGGUGGUUUCGUCUUCUGUUGGCUUCCAUUCUUCAGCGUGUACGUCGUGAGAGCCUUCUGCGGGGAAUGUGUAACGCCUAUAGUCUUCUCAGUUCUCUUCUGGCUGGGUUACUGCAAUUCUGCUAUUAACCCACUCAUAUAUGCACUCUUCUCUAAGGACUUCAGGUUCGCGUUCAAGCGCAUAAUUUGCGCGUGCUUCUGCGCGAGCGGUGGGCCGCGGCGCGAGUCCGACGGGGACGGGUCUCGGCGAGCGCGCCCCACGCACUCGCACUCGCUCGACGAACACGACGCGCCCCCGCUCGCCGCCGACAGGUGACGUCAAACAAUGCGACGGCAGAACCCGCAGUUCCAGUCGACCGUCGCAUGUGUUUAGCUGGGACGAAACGGAUUACACGUGUAACUAGUUGUAACAGCAUCGUUACAAUUAUAGCCGGUAUAUAAUAAAUUAAUGAAAUAACCGUUUUGUAUAAUAAACCUGUUCGUCAGUGAUGUUUGUAAUUAUGUAAACGGUGCACAGAAUUAAUUAUAUAUAGAUUCACUUUAUUAAAUUGAUGUGCAGAAUAGAAUUUGUAAUGUUUAAUUUUAAUGUGAGUGCUUUUCUGUAACGAGUGU